AUGCACACACUCGGGUUUUCACUACUCAUCCUCCUCACACAAACCAGUGCUCUCGUCAGAGGCAUCGACUUUGCAAGGCAUGCAGACGAAGACCUUCCCCUUCUGAAGCUACCCUGGGGGACCUACGAGGGAUACCCACUACAGGAAGACGACAACAUCUACCUCUUCCAAGACGUGAGAUUCGGUGCCAAGCCUGAACUCUUUAGCGCACCAGAGUUUCCGUGGUGGACCGAUCACUCUAUUCAGCCUCCUUUGGAUGGACGGAGCUGUAUCCUGGUCGACACAUCUCAACUCGACAAGCCUCCCGGCGGAGAGAAUCCAAUCAACGACCCUUUCGACUCCGACCCAAAUACUAGUGAAGACUGUCUGUUCCUUGACCUCUAUGUGCCCAAGUCCGUGAUCGACAACCCAAAUGGCACUCCAGUACCAGUGGUGGUAUGGAUACAUGGAGGUGCCUUUGCGUUCGGAAGCAAGAACCGGCUAGGCCCAAUUGGCACCGGGCAAUCUAUCCUGAGGGCAAGCAAGUACCAGACCAUCUUUGCCGCCGGCAACUAUCGAUUAGGUGCCUAUGGCUGGUUGGCUGGCGACUACAUGCAAAGCGCCGGCCAAACAAAUGCUGGUUUAUACGACCAGGCUUUGCUUUUCGACUGGGUGCAGCUAUAUAUCGGCCAGCUCAAUGGAGACAAGGAUCAAGUAUCUGCCUUGGGAGAGUCAGCCGGCGCAAGCUCAAUAUUGCACCAUCUGAUCCGAGAAGGCGGAACAAUUGAUCCCACGUUUUCCAGGUUUGCUGUUCAGAGCCCAGCCUUCGAGUGGGCUUGGGAUAACUCGCCAAACGGCCAGCUGGACAAGAUCUACAAGAACUUUUCAGAGCUUGCUGGUUGCGGCCGGAACUUUGAUAUUGAUUGUCUCAGGUCCUCCAAGAACCUCUCAGACGCCAAUCAAGCAUUGUUCAGCACUGUGAAACAGACGGGACUGUUUCCCAUUGGCCCAGCGGUGGAUGAUGUUUGGGUAAAGACACUACCUACUAUCUCCUUCGCAAACGGUGACUUCUGGAAAGAAAUAAGAUCUACUAUUAUUUCCCAUACCAUGAACGAAGCUGCAUCCUUCGCACUAAGCCGGAUCAAUUCUAAAGAGGCUUUCGACCAUUUCCUCGCUUCCUUUUUACCUGGCGCCAAGUUGGAAAGCCAACGGCAACAGAUCGCUGAGCAGUACAAUUGUACCAAACUCUUUGAUGGUAACUAUACCUUGUGCAUCACAACAACCAUCCGCGAUGCGGCCUUUACCUGCAACACCCGAGAUCUGUAUUCAGCGUAUCCCAGCAAGUCACACAUGAUUCAAUACGGCUUUCCUUCUCCCGAGCUUGCCAAUCACGCCAGCGAUCUUCUCCCUCUCUUUGCAAAUUCGUACGAUGAAGUGGUGCAGAUGUUGGCCCCCAGCUUAGGCGAGUUGAAGGCGAUUGCCUACGCUUGGCUGCUGGUCGACACAAAUCUUUCUACGGCAUAUCAGACGUACUUCGCAUCUUUUGCAGCUUCUGGUGACCCCAACGGUCUAAGUCUUCCAUUAGUUGCCGGCCAGCAACCCCCUGAGUGGCCGAUUGCGGAUGGUUCUGACGAUAAACUCGCAAAGGUCCUCACAGUGCAGGCUCCUAUCAACCAGGAGGCAUUGGUGUUGGCUUCAGAUGAGCAAAACGGGAGAGAGCGAUGUGACUUUUGGACGACUUUGGCGAAGGAGAUUGUGGAGGCUCAGGGACUAAACCAAGAUGCUGCUACUGACUAUGGUGAGCUUUGA